ACAUGGCCAGUUGCUCUCGCGAUAUCACCAUGUGACACGUCACGUGACUUUGUUUACUUCCGCCGUCCUGCCCGGGCCAGUGCUUUCUGUCCACAUGGCUAGAAACGAAGAAAAACAACACGGGAAGUUAAACAGACUUUGGCUUCAGAAAGAGAGAGAAGAAGGCCGACUAAAAGAUGUCCAGGAGCAGAGACCCAAACUGUCUACGCUUAAUUCAGCGUGCUCUGUGAAAAAGUGGAUUCCCAGCAUCAUGAAAGAAAUGGAAUAUUACCUGCAGCAAUCACAGCUUACUCAUUACCCCGAGAGGAAGAUAGCUGAGUUCCAGUUGAAAAUCGAGGCUUUGGAAAAAGAGUACAAGCGCUUCAUUACCAAGCUCAAAGUACUUGACCCCACCUGUAAUCAUAAGCCGUGGACCCCUCGAGCCUAUCUCAAAAGGAGAGGGGAGAUACAAGAGUUGAGGACAAGCACCGUCAAGAAGAGGCCUCGGCUUUGUGAGACUGACAGCUGCCAGAUUGAAGGUGAAGCUACCCCCAGUAGAACCUCGACAGGACUGUUCAACCCCCUGGAGAGCAUUUCCAUCCCAACUUCAGGAUGCAAAGAGGAGGUCGCUUCUGAAGACCAGGACCAGCCGCUCUCCUUCGACCGCACGCGCCUGGCGAUUGCCUCUGCUGCCUUCAGAGGCACAUUGGACCAGCGAGGCUUCUCUCAGGCGCAGAACCUAGCAAGGAUGUUACAGCUUUCUCUGCCAAACCUUGGUAAUUCUGCCAUAGAUCUAGCACAGGGGAGAGACGGUGACAUGGCAGCUGAUGUUGGACAGAAAGACACAGUAGAGGAACAGAAGACAUCACAAGGAAUAACUCAAGAGAAGAUGGGUCAUGUCCUUGGACUUGAUUGUUACUCAUCUUCUGGAGACGAGUCAGACAAGUGAUGCAAAAGUGACUUUUUAAUAAUGUUCUAACAGUACUUAGACCUGCUUAUCUUCUAUGCCGCUUAUCCUCACUAGGGUCUCAGGUAUGCUGGAGCCUAUCACAGCUGACUUCAGGCAAGAGGCGGGGUACACCCUGGACUGGUCAUGAGACGGCCAUGAGAAUAUACAUUUUUAGCACAUGACUCCAAACUCCAAAUCCGACUGCUAGCUUGACGUGGACAGUCUCCUACAAUUUCAGAUCAACAUUUGCAAUAAAAGUCAUUAUUAGAUUACAUUCAGCUCCAGAAUCCUCCCGUCUUUGUUCAGUAUGGCCCCCCCACACACACAAAAUAUAUAAAAUGUAUAGGUACACACUACUAAUGCAUGAUAAUGUCGGAUGAUCCAUGAACACACGGUGUAGAAGUUACAUUUCCCUUUUGCACUAUGGUGUCUUCAAAUUCUCAACACUUAACAAAAAAAAACAUGCACAGUGAAGCAUUAAGACACAAACAUGUAAAAAUGGUGGUACAUAUAUGCUGUACAUU